AUGAGCCUAGUAUCGUCUGUAUACUUGAGUGAUAGUGAAGGCAGUGAUAUUGAAAUUGACGGGGAACCUAUCCAGAAUAAGGAAGAAGAGGACAGAAGCUCAUUGCUACCAAACUUACCAGACCAAAUCAUUCACAAGUUUAAUAAACCACCAGUUCUGAACCCAUUGAACGAUAGAAUGUACAAAGCUCCGAUGGGUAGAAAUACUUGCUAUAUGUUUCUUCAGCUGCGGCUUGAUUCCAAACAGAACCGGGUGCUUGAUAUGAUUUUGAACGACGUAAACUCAGUAAUGAACAUGCAUCAUAUGACUAACUUUGAACCCUUACAUCGUGGAAAGCUAGGUACCAUUAAGCCCUUACAUGUGUCUUUGACGUCUUCGUUGUAUUUCACCGAUGGAGCGGAGACAGCAACGAGUGUUGCUCAAAUCAAGAAAGAAAUCACCACUUUGAAAUAUAAAUCGAUUCCAAUUUCUCUGGCAGGUAACUGGCGUCUCUACGAUAAUUUUGACUCAAGUCUCACGUUCUUGACGUUGAAUUUAUCCAAAUCAUCAGUGCGACAGUUACAACCUAUUCUUGAUGCGAUAAAAAGAAACGUCCCGCCAACUUAUCAUUCAAAGGUGAUAGACCCUGAGACAGCACACAUUUCGUUCGGAGUUAUUCCAAACAAUAAACAAUUUAAAAAUGCGGAAGAAUUUGAAAAGUCGAGCAAAUAUCUACGACAUAUUUUAGCUACGGAAGCGUUGGCACAGUUACCUCUAUUGAGAGCAGACUUGCAAUUUAGAUGUCAGGAAAUCAAGGCGGAGAUUGGAGUAGACGUGAUUUCGAUGCCCUUCUCGAAAUCCGCUGAUAGGUUGUAA